AUGUCCAAGCAGCACCCGGAGGAGUUCCUCAACUAUCUCCAGCAGGCCUGGAAGAGAGACAAGAUCUACGCCAAGGAGAACCCAGACUCCAUGUUCGAUAUCAAGGCCAUACGUGUGCUCUGUCAAGAUGGAAAGUUCAGGCCUCUGGGGAACUCGUAUAUCCCGCUGCCCAAGCUGCAUUACCUCCGGAAUCGAUAUAUGCUGGAAGGAGAGCCUUUUCCGUUUCUCAGACUUGAUCCGCCAAUACGAGCUGAGGGGGGAUUCGGUCAGUGGAGGUGUCUCAGAGCGUUUGCCAAGUAUCAUGAUGACCUAGACUUCUUUCUCGAGAUGUUGGUACGGAUACGACGAACGAAAGCGUCAACAGUUGAAUUUCCUCGCCGCAUUCUGGAACUCUACCUUCGGAUACAAGCAGAGUGUGAAGACUCCAAAGAUCCUGAAGCGAGCCAACAAAAAGUCAGGAACACGUUUGAGAAAGAGCAGCUAGUCUAUGUCCACCCAAUAUGGAGACCGCUCAGCGAAUGCUUAUUGGAAGAUACAUGCGAGAUAUCCAGCACACUCUCAAAGUCACCAGUCUUCCCAGUGCCGUCAGAUUGGGAUGCCAGCAAGUCGGAGCUCGUGUCAUUACGAGAGUUUUACACACAGACGCUACGGCUUCAAAAUGCGAGCUAUCGGACGAUCCUCGAUGUCUUGGAGAAGCGCGACUUUGAUGCCGAACUCGACCCUGCGGAUCUUUGGUUGACGGAUGAGUUGUAUCGUGCGUUGGAUAAGAUGAGACUAGAUCUCUCACCGGACGAUGCCGCUGAUCUCAAACUUGCGUUCGCUGAAAAAGCCAUCAUCGCCACCGCGCCUGGCGAAGCUGUGACAUGGCUCAACGCCGCCGACUGUACAUGGUCACCCAAACUCGAGAGCCCCGAAAUCAACGACUUGAGCAAACACUACCCCGAGCUCCACGACUUUUUUGUCAACUUUCUCGACGUGAAACAGAACGACUCCGGUCUGAUCUUCGACACCCUCAUGAACGUCUCAUCGUUGAGUCCGGAUUGUUCCCGCGACAACACAGCUAGAGGUCUUCUUGUCGCCGUGAGUCAACGAAUACCCGAGUUCGGUCACAUCUUCGACAAGGAGCGGUUCGUGCGGAGUAACAUCUUUCCCGUUUCGACGGCGGAUGGUGUGUUGUUGUGCGCUUCGACGAUGGAGUUCUCAGUUGCCGACCGACAGAACUUGAAAGAGGCCUUCACAGGGAAACUCAACUUGUUGGACUUUGAUCCCAAGACAGUUUGGAUGCUUGACAACCUACUCGUCUGGGCUGGUCUUGACCAACGGUAUCUCUCACGACAUGUAGAAGACCAAGGUCCAGCCGAUGAGAACUUCAAAUCGAUCGAACUCCCCGACGAACUCUCAUCAAAAGCCGACCAACUUCUCCGCAUCGCCGUGCACUUCAAAAGCCCCCGAACAUCCACGCCAAAAGCAACAUCCUGGCUCCGCGAAACCCUCGAGCACUCCGAAGUCCGCCUCGCAUCGGGCUUCCAAUCACAACUGAUCUACCGCUCCGGCAGCGCCUUUAUAACCGCCGUCAACCCCAUGGGCGGUCUCGAUAUCAAAGACACAGUCGGCUUCACCGUGUACGCCGACGACGAGAAUUGGGAAAUCCUGAAACAGACAGUGCUCCCCCGUCGGCUGCUCGAGUGGAUCAUGACGGACCCCGAGACAAGUGUCACUGGACCUGUGUCUGAACAGGCGGUCAGCCUUGUAAGAAGUAUUUUGAACAUACCUGUUGGUCGCGAACAUGUUAUUCCAAAGAUUUUGGAUGCGGAGGGGAUUGUGGACUUGGAAUUGUUAGAAGCGUCGCCGUACUGGCGUGUAAACAGUGAACGUGUACCAGACACAACCAUCACCACAAAAUCCGACAAAUUACGACCCGCCAAGACCCUCGACGACGAAGACGAACCCUCACCAGCCUACACGCAAGGAGAAUCCUACCACGCAAGAGAAGACCUAGCCGACACGAAGGGCGGCCUGACCAACACUGCUGAAACAGGCCUGACGACCAAGAUCAACUCCGCAGAACGAGGAAUGACGACCAAAGCAGGCGACUUAACGAAGGACACGAAACAAGACGCACUCCGCGAUAGACUCCCGAUAUCAAAACGUGGUUUAGAAAGACGACAUUCAGAGAAACAGACUUGGGAAGAGGAGUUUGUCGCGAAUGAAGCUACGCUGAUUGACUUUUCAGGGGAAGAUGUAUAUGGUAUAGAUUGA